CAGCAAAGAUGCCACACACCGAGCCUGUCACCGGGCCAGAGAAGACGGUCCCAUUGAGUUUAUGGCAGGAAGUAGAAAAUCAGGUCAACAUCCCCGCACUUCCUUCAUCACAGAUCAAUAGAUACAAGACUGUUUUUGCUCUAUUUUGUGCCGUCAUGUGGGUAAACAACUAAGUCAGCAGCUGCGCUGUGGCUACAAAGCUGGAACAUGACACUCAAAUAUUAAAAGAAAGAGAAAACAGAACAACACGCUUUCACCUGUUACUUGAAACCAGUCCCUAAAGUGACUUUUAAGUUUGUGUUUUUAAUGAAACGACAGAACCAGUGCUUCUGUGCUCUCUACUACACACACACUGUGCCAAGUUCCUCUUUCACGUUCUAUGAAAUCACAUCAGUGGGUACGUGAAUACACAAGACCGCAGCUAUUGCAACCUUGAAAGACAAGAAAGCGCUUGGCUUUUAAUCCUGUGGUGGCAUGAAGCACAACCAGAAUAUGAAUCCUUGUGUAAAUGUGUUUGUUUUCAUGCUGCAGACAAGCCGGGGAACAAGGCUGAAGAUGCAUCACAAAGACUGUUUUGUCCUUUUUCAAAAAAACAACAAAGACAUUAAAGUCACUGCCUAUAAUGACAUCACGCGGCUAUUAAAUGUUGAGCAGCUCAGACGAAUGAACGUCUUCUCUCUUUUGGGAGGCACAUGACAGCAGGACCGCGACGUGACGUUGACAUCGUCGUCAGAAGUUAUAUCCCCCCUUUUUUUUGUGGACAAUAUACGUAAACGACUGUGGCACAGACUGGCAGACAGAGGGAGGGCAGUCGCCAUAAGCCUGCGUACAAAUUUCAAACAUUCCUCAGAUUCUGCAUGCAACUGGUGGCACAUUUGCGUCAAUGGAGCUUCAAGUGGAUUGGGUAGGAGGUGGCUGGUAUUUUUUUAAAUAGAGCGGGGACAGCCAAGCAGUCACUGACUGCAUCACUACAUCAGUUUGUUGCGUCUUCUCUGGGUUACAUGCCAAGUCCCCCUACACACACACACACACACAGGACAGAUGUAGUCUCAUGACCAAUACAAUCACUUUGAAACUAAAGGUGGAACCGGUACAACAUGCCUGGGGACAAAGUUCUCUCUCCAUACCGUGUCUGCGUGUGUGUGCACGCGCGUGGAUGUAACUUCUUCAAACAAUAACAAGGCUUCACACUGGUGGAGAAGACACUAAAUCCUGCACAUCCACGAUGAAGCCCGGUGCUGGAUGAGAUGACCAGCUGACAAACUUGCUCAUCUGGACUCCCACCACAUGAGCACACUUUUGCGUCACCGACGGAGGAUUUCUAGGAAAAUGAAGCCACUUUUUGAAGAACCACUGUAGUUAAUAUGAUUUAGUGAACACACAUGCACAACUGGAUGGGAACAGUGAGGACAGUGAAGCCUUGACGCCAAACAGUGACCCACAUUCAUUACAGGAGAGGAAAAAGAAGAAACUACCAUCUUAUGAUCUCUGAACUGUGCAUGAAAAUGAUCACAGGAGGCCAUUUGGAGAGCAACAACAACAAAUACAGGACAGGUGUUUUACAGCCACUCUUGAUGUGAGUCCCCUGCACGACUACUCUGCUGCUGCUGCUGCUGCUGCUACUUGCUGCCGCUGUGUGAGUUCACGCAGUAGUGCCGAAGUUGUGGCGGCGCGCUAUCGCGAGACUUGGGCCAUUAUCAACCUGCUUGACACACAGCAGCAGCAGCAGCGCUGAGUGCAGCCUGCUUUGCCAGGGUCGGACUGGAGCUCAAGAAACGGCGAGGAGAGAAGCGAACAUCUGGACGCACAUCAUGAAAGGAAAGCCGAGCUUGUAGAGAAGGGGCCGAGAAAACGGACGACGAUAACGGGCGGAAGUGAAUGUUAUGAAGGAAGAAUGGAGUUCCCGGACCAUAGCCGCCAGUUGCUGCAGUGUCUGAGUCAGCAGCGUCACCAAGGUUUCCUCUGUGACUGCACUGUUCUCGUCGGAGAGGCUCGAUUCAAAGCGCACAGAGCCGUGCUGGCCUCCUGCAGCAUGUACUUCCAUCUCUUCUACAGGGACCAGCUGGACAAAAGGGACGUUGUGCAUCUCAACAGUGACAUUGUGACAGCCCCUGCUUUCAGUCUGCUCCUUGAAUUUAUGUAUGAGGGGAAGCUGGAAUUCAGCACUCUGCCAGUGGAGGAUGUCCUGGCAGCGGCCAGUUACCUCCACAUGUAUGAUAUAGUGAAAGUGUGCAAAGGCAAGCUUAAGGAUAAGGAACUUUCCUCCCUGGAUGAAAAGCUGAGCGAGAGUUUUGGACUCGGCUGCCUGGACAGGGAGAAUUCCUCAGACGGGGAGCUGCACAGUAAGCAGCUCAUCCGGCGACUGCCCCAGACUCAGUCUCCGGGGCUGCACAGGCCCCUCCCUGCAGAAGACUUUGACAUGGACAACAGCGAAGUCGGACUGGCUGUCACAGACUGUGAUAGGUCUACAAGGAGCAGGCAGAAGGCGAACGGUCACUCUGGCAGGUCCCCGGACCUUGUAAGUGUCAAUUAUGUGUCAGCAGAGGCCGAGCCCUGCGUCCAAACAGCUGGAAAAACAAAAGCUGAUGUCAGUAGUUCCACCGUAUCACUGUCCCAGAGGUCCCGGGCUUCAGAUGACAUGGACUGUGCACUGGAUUUGUCUUUCAAGCCUCUGUCUAGCAGAGAUCCCUUACACCCCUCCUACGUGGCGGGACAGCUGGCCCUCGACAGCCAGCAGCAGGGCAUUGAGCCACUUGUUAAAGAGGAACACGACUUGCUGUCAGAGCAGGAGGACAGUGAGCCGACGAGCCCUGAGAGCCAGCGCUUUGGGAAUAGUGCCAGGGGCUCGGUGGUGACAGGGUUCGCUGCCCUCUUCCCAGGCAACAACGGCUCCACAGCCGCCCUGCUCUCCCAGGAGGAGGACCUGAUGGACGAGGAGGGGGAGGCCUGCCGAGGGAGGGAGGGCGCUGCUGGCAGGGAGUUGGAGGAGAGGAGGAGCAGGCUGCUGGGGGACAGCGAGGAGGAGGAGGAGGACGACCUGGCCUCCUCGGACAUCUCCACCUCCAGCGGGGUGCUCCUGCCGCCGGGGCAACAGGUGUGCGUGUGCCCACUCUGCAGCAAAGUCUUCCCCAGCCCCCACGUGCUGCAGCUGCACCUCAGCUCCCACUUCCGCGAGAAGGAGGGCGCUCGCUCCAAGCUGUCCCCCGACGGCUCGGUGCCCACGUGCGUGCAGUGCAACAAGACCUUCUCCUGCAUGUACACGCUGAAGCGGCACGAGCGCACACACUCGGGCGAGAAGCCGUUCACCUGUGGCCAGUGCGGCAAGAGCUUCCAGUACUCCCAUAACUUGAGUCGGCACGCCGUCGUCCACACGCGCGAGAAGCCUCACGCGUGUAAGUGGUGCGAGCGGCGCUUCACUCAGUCCGGGGACCUGUACCGCCACAUCAGGAAGUUUCACUGUGGCCUCGUCAAGACUCUCUCCAUUGGAUAAAAGCGCUCUCGCCCCGGUGCCAUGGCAUAAAUGUCUUCACCACACACCGAGUACUAUUAAUUCACUUUUUUUAUUAUUUUCUGUUAGUACAAACACACACACACACACAAACACGUCUGUUUGCAGGAAACAUAUCUCCUGGAUUCUACCCCGAUGUGGCAUUUUCUCAAGUUAAAGACGUAGCAGCUGUAAGACUGGAGCUGUUGUUGUGUCGUGUCUGUGCUGGAGGUGCACAGGCUGUUCAACAUUAACAUGGGUGCUGUGAAACUCAAGCUGGAUCCCUGUGUGAGUGUGUGUGAGCUGUGAGGAGAACAAAUCAGAUCAUGCACUUGUUUGUUUUCUGUGUCAAUCUGUUUCUUUGAGUUUAUUUGAGGAUGAAGUAUACGCUGGAAGGAGAGGAGUAAAAAAAAACAAAGCAAAACAAACAUCCAAUGUUUCGUAGCCUCCGGGCGACCGAGCGACGACUAACGCUAACAUAUGUUAAUACAAUCGUUAGAAAAUGUGUGCACGUGGAAGAUCAGAACCGUCCGUGAGUAGCAAUAUGUGAUUUUCUUUUUAAUACUCCUACAUCAUUAUUAUUAUUAUUAUUAUUAUUAUUAUUAUUAUUUAUUUGGGAUUUGUUUAGUCCUUGAGUAAACUUAUCGUAAGGCAGCAAAAGUAAUGAAGUCUGACUACUGGAAGUAUGAUUAUUCUUUUCACAAGAAGUAGAAGUUUUGUUUGGUUGAAAUGAAGUUGAUUACAUUUUUGAUUGUUGUUUAUAUAACACGAGGCAGGCAGAUCAUCAUGACGUCACUGUUUCUUUCUUUCAUUCUGGGUCUCGGGGAGGAGGAGAGUCUCCCUCUCUCUCUCUCUUAAGUCGCACAUAUCGAUGAAAACAGCCUGGCAAUAACUACUUAAGAAAAGUUGGGAUGG